GCUGCUGCUGCUGUCGUGUAGGCACUCCUCUGGCCCUUGUCACCCCGGACACCCCUGGCCGAGACCUUUGAACUCACUUCAUUUGUGACUUUUAUUUAAUCCACUCUGCCAUCUAGCCUCCCGGCAGCACACUUAUGAUCCGCUAGAGCUCGUGCCCUCAGAGAGGCCAGAGACCCCCUUGUCCCUGCUGGCUUGGCAGUCGGGGAGAUGAACAGCAGCUGGUUUUAUUUGAGUGUCACAUGGCACAAUGAGCCUUGAAGAGCAGGAUGUCAGAAAUCUCUCAUCUACUGUACCCAUGGAAUGGGGGGAGAGAGAGCCCGUGCACUCCAUCUCCUCCCCUCCCCUCUCCAGGGAAAUAUUGCUUAAUUAAUGAACCCUCCUUAGCCAGGAUUCCAGAAGUUACCUGCGCCCAUCUAUGGAGGAGCCUGAUUCCGCCCUGCCCUCCCCAAACGUGUGUGUGUGUGUUUGCUGGAUAAAUACAAGCAGUGAGACACCGAGCUGCCUGUCGUGCCCAACGGAGGAGAGAUGCUUGGAAAAGCCGAGCGGAACCACAGCUCAGGAAGCCUCCAGCACCAAUUGCUGUGUGAAAGGAAAAGACAGCAGACAGUACGCCCACCACAGAUCCCGCAGCCGCUCACACGAUGAGGAGUACACCCCACCACCCCCAUCCCGGGGGAAGAAAAAGAAAAAGAAAUCCACACGUAAGAAGAAGAGGAGGAGGUCUCCAUCGUACAGCCCCUCGCCUGUGAAGAAGAAGAAGAAGAAAAGCUCAAAGAAACGAAAGAGAAACAGGUUAUCUUCAAAGAAGAGAAGACACAGUUCCUCAAGCCCAAAAAGUAAAAGAAAGGAAGAAAGAAAACACAAAAAACACUUCAGCUUCCAUCCACUUGAUCUCAGACCGCCUUUGUCUGCUAGAUUAAUGAGCCGUUUUCUUUCCACUCUCAAAAGCUCUCGUAGCCGGCCACGAAAAUCCCACCGCCACCGCCACUACCACUCUUGCUCGGAGAGCUCCGAUUCCCUCUCCUCUAGCUGCCAAAGCAGGCACAGAGCCAGGUCUCGGGAGGAAGGCCACAAAGCAAGACGAAGACGCUCCCAGCACUGUUCAAAGAGCACUGAGAAGCGAAGCAUCUCUGCAGAGGGUCAGGCCAGCCAUUCCCCCCGCCAAACCCUUCAGAGCUACAGCUUCCUCUCGGCUAAGGAAGUAAUCUCUCAGUCGGGGUCAUCUGCUGACCUCUUUAUCAAAACAGACAGCCCGCUUGGCAACCUAGCCAGUCGGAAUGGUGGGGCCCAUGAAUCUGACUCAGGAAACGAUACUUCCUCCCCUCCCUCCACUCAGACAAGCUCAGCCAGGCCAAAGGACAGCCAGGAGAAAAGAAGCCUAGCCCACAAUGGCUUUGGCCAUGCCUUCUCACCUGGGAAGCCCAAAAUGGCCAACAGCGAUAACGGCUCUGAUUCAGGAAAUUCCUUCACCAGUUGUUUUUCCCAGAGCAAGGGAACAACUUUGGAAAAUCUCUCUCCGGAUGCCCAGGGACAGGACCAAAGAAGUUUCCUGUCCCCGUGUCUCGCCUGCUCGGAGGAGAAGAAGCGGAGCCCCCUACAUUCCCCAGACCGCAGCUCCCCACUGAGACCAUGCUCCCGCAGCGAGUCGUACACCAGCACAGGGCAGUCCUCCCGUGGCUCCAGUCGCUCCGCCCACUCCCGCUCAUUGCAUCACCAGGCCACGCCCAGGUACUCCCGAAGCAGAUCCUGCUCCUCAGGGAAAAGGUCCUAUUCAUGUUCCCCCAGCUACUCAUCCAAGUCCUGCAAAAGAAGCCCUGGAAGCAGGAACUCAAGACCGCGUCGGAGCCCCAGUUAUUCCCGCUACAGCCCCAGCAGGGACCGCGCGCGAGAGCACACGUAUGGCUCCAGCGAGAAGGAGUCCCAGAGGGAGCGGAACAGGCGGCGGCGGAGGUCCUACUCGCCCAUGAGGAAACGCAGGCGAGAUUCUCCCAGCCACCUGGAAGCUCGCCGCAUCACGAGUGCCCGGAAACGCCCCAUCCCCUACUACAGGCCCAGUCCUUCCUCCUCCAGCAGCCUCAGCAGCUGUUCCUCCUGGUACAGCAGCGUCAGCCGCUCUCCCGGCCGCAGCCGCAGCUACUCCAGCUACAGGAGCAGCCGGAGCAGAAGCUGGAGCAGCAGCAGUGACAGCGGCCGAAGCCGGAGCCGGAGUUCGGGCCCAAGGAGCAGCCGCAGCAGGAGCAAGAGUUACGACUCUGCGGACAGCUAUGACAGCCUGCGGCGCUAGGGUGUCCCCCGUCCCUGCCACGUGCGGGGGGGUUGUCUCUUUCAAUUCCUCUCUCCUCCAGCCUCCCCGGGGAGAGCUUAUUCUUUCAUGUUUCUAUUGUGGCAUCCACCAGCGCCCUGUUGUGCUGGGCACUGCACACAUAGAGGCAGCCGCAGAGAACACGUGGGCAGAGAGGGAGGGUCCUUGCUUUGCAGCGGCUGUGUUGAUUAUAAACCAGCCUCCCCCACCCAUUCCUUGCCUAUCUCCAGGGACGCAUUUCCAGGGGCUAAUCCAGGGAGUGAGUUUAGCUCCUUGCUUUUCCCUGGCCAGCAGGCAGCAAGCACCGAUUGUUUGGUGGGGGGAGAGGGAAAUAAUGUAAAGGAAACUCUCUUCAAGGCUUUUGGGCCGGGCAGAAAGAGUCUGGGUCUGGCCCUGCUUCUAUUGAGGACAAUGGCAAAGCUUCCCUUGACUUCAGCGUGGAGCCCCCCAGGCGCUGCAGUGUGGCCUCUCCUCUCCAAAGGGAAAAACCAGAGGCUUCUGCAGGAUCAAUUCACCUUCCUUGGAGGUGGCUUUCCUGCUGUGCCCCUCCCCUGGGGAAGAAUAUUCAGUGCCCAGGGAUCAGCCAGUUCCUGCUGUGAAUGUGAAGAAGGAAAUUCCACGGGGCGUGGAUUGCUUGGAAGGGGCCAGUCCCUCGCCCCGCCCCCAUUUUUAGAUCACGAAUUUGCUUCUCUUCACCUCAGCAAUAUGACCUGCUGGUGAGCCGAUAAGCGGCAGUGGGAACAGGUGAGGUUUGGGGGCUGGGAGGCCAGGCCAACAAUCAGGAAAUGCAAGGGAGCAAAGUCCUGUCACUGCAGCGCCUGGGAGCCCUCAGCCCCAGAGCUCUCCAGGGCUGCUGCUGGUGGCUGGUUUUGUCACAGGAGCUUUGUGCGGGGCAAUGGAAUUCCCCUGCAGGGCAGGUGGGAGUGUAAGUUCCAGGUCCUUUUGGGUACCGGGUCACAGGGGCAUGGGGAAUUCCAAUGAAACCCAGCUGCUAGGGGAUAAUCCCUCUUCGCAAAGCAGAGAGCGCAGGGUUAAAAACGGGCGAGCGACUGGGAACAAAAUAACUCAUCAAUCCCCAACUGUCCUCCUGGAGACAGCUGAGAAUAAUGGCUGCUCUGCCCCUAGAUUCCUUACUCUGAGCGCCAGAGCCCGGCCCUGGAGACACUUGUUGGAAAUUCCUCUGGGAGAUGUACAGUGACAGGCACAGCGAGCCAUGGCCGAGCGUGCUGGCCUCCCGGCCCUCCCUCCCCAGACACCCCCCAUACAUUGUAAGCAGGGGCACCAGGCCGCUAGGAAUUGUUCCUCCUGCUGAAUCACAGGAGCCCUUUGAAGAAAGAAUUAGCAGCCGCCGCAGUUGUACCCAAACGCAAGGCAGCGGAACGUUUUCUGUGCCAUGCAGAGGGUUACAACUUGAGUCUGGGGCUUGCUGGGGGAGAAUGCAUCCAGAGUAACCUUUCCCUGCCCUUUGCAGCAGUGCAGGAGACAAUGCAGCUCCAUCUCCCCCCCACACACACACACGUAGAUCUCUGAAGCAGCUGCUGCAUGGAGCACUUUACUUGCUGGUCCAGUCAGACAGCUACUCAGGUGGAGAGGUGGCAGCCUGAGGAGAAAGAAGCAGGAUCUAGGAAAGGGGGGGUACCCAUCAAUCAGGGGCGGC